CAUGUCUCCUGCCCGCAGCUAAACGGAAGGCUGGAGCACCAGGACCGCUUUCCGCUUGCGAGAUGGAGAUGGAAGCCGGGGCUCUAAUUCCUCUACCCACUUCCUAGUCGGCUCUGCUAUCCCUCCGGUCCCAGUACCCGAGCUGGGGGACCUAAAUACUUCCGAGACGCCCGAGUCCUACUCCGACGUGGGUGGGCUUUCCCAUUCUUUCGAGAAGACAGGGAAUUUGGGCUUCCGGACUGGCCGGGAGAACAGAUUUUACAGAGGUGCCGGGGUGUGACAAGCUCUCUAACUGGAGAAUGAACGUUUCACACUUUUACCAGUUUUACACCCAAUUGGAAUGAUUUUAUUAGUGCCCAUCUCCCGUGCUAGGCUGGGGGCUCCACCAAGGCAGAGAGCCUGGACAGGCUUGACACUUAGUAGAUGAUCAAUAAGUACUUGUUGAAUGAGUAAAUGAAUGAACCAGGGCUCCCUAGGUCAGGACUGUGUCCCUAAACCUAAAGAGCAAGGCCACGUGCCCCCUUGACUCCCAAUAGCAGGGCCAUGUCUUUACCUGAGACCCUGGAGAGUAGCGCUGGGCUUCCCACAGACACCAAAGGACAGGGUGCCUUGUGGUCCCCAACCUAGUGUCAUGACGUCCCCAACCAUUUUGAUGGCAGGGUCACGGCAUGCCUCAGGCUCCAGAAGACAGCUGUCCCUUUCCCACUCCCACCUGGGGAGCACAGCAGGGGUCUUCCCUUACCCCUACUGGCAGGAUUGCGUGUUCCCCAGAGACAGUGGAGGGCGGAGCUGGUGCCUUCCCACUUGUCCCCUCCUCGCCAUCCUCUAGGGCAGGACCGUAUGAACCCCUCAGAUUCCCCAGUGGAAGAAUUGUGGCUCCACCAGAUCCCAAAAAGCAAGGCCCGUUUCCUACAACCUCUGAAGGAGGGUCGUUCUCACUCCGCCGCCUACCUACUACUACCAUCAUCAGACCCUCGAGGGCAGUGCUGUGGACCUCUCCAGAUCUCAAAAGGCAUAUUCCUACUUCUCACGCUCCCACAUCCCCCGCCUCCAGACCUCGAGGGUAGAGGUGGGCGCCCCCGCCUCCGCACUUUUGCGCGGGGCUCCGGAUUGUAGGGCAGGGCGGCGCUUCUCGGAAAGCGAAAGCCGGCAGGGCGGGGCGGGGCGGGGCGGGGCGGGGCGGCUGUCGUAGGAGAAAGAGGAAGCGCUGGCAGACAAUGCGACCCGACCGCGCCGAGGCUCCAGGACAGCCCGCCAUGGCUGCAGGAGGUCCCGGCACUGAGCCUGCGGCCCCGGUCUCCUCCACAUCCUCCCUUCCCCUGGCUGCUCUCAACAUGCGAGUGCGGCGCCGCCUAUCUCUGUUCUUGAACGUGCGGACACAGGUGGCGGCCGACUGGACCGCGCUGGCGGAGGAGAUGGACUUUGAGUACUUGGAGAUCCGGCAACUGGAGACGCACGCCGACCCCACUGGCAGGCUGCUGGACGCCUGGCAGGGACGCCCUGGCGCCUCGGUAGGCCGACUGCUGGAGCUGCUUACCAAGCUGGGCCGCGACGACGUGCUGCUGGAGCUGGGACCCAGCAUUGAGGAAGAUUGCCAAAAGUAUAUCUUGAAGCAGCAGCAGGAGGAGGCUGAGAAGCCUUUACAGGUGGCCGCUGUAGACAGCAGUGUCCCACGGACAGCAGAACUGGCGGGCAUCACCACACUUGACGACCCCCUGGGGCAUAUGCCUGAGCGUUUCGAUGCCUUCAUCUGCUAUUGCCCCAGCGACAUCCAGUUUGUGCAGGAGAUGAUCCGGCAACUGGAACAGACAAACUAUCGACUGAAGUUGUGUGUGUCUGACCGUGAUGUCCUGCCUGGCACCUGUGUCUGGUCCAUUGCUAGUGCCGCCGGAUGGUGGUGGUUGUCUCUGAUGAUUACCUGCAGAGCAAGGAAUGUGACUUCCAGACCAAAUUUGCACUCAGCCUCUCUCCAGGUGCCCAUCAGAAGCGACUGA